GCGAGCGCUCUGCGAGGCGGGCCGCCGGUAGGGAGGCGCGAAGAGGGCGCGAGGGUGGCAGCCGGAGGGAGCCGCCGCCCCUGGCCGCCCGGGUCCCCGCGGGGCGCAUGGGGCGCUUCGAUCCGGGAUCGCGCGAGGGCCCGGCGCCCAGCUUCCUGCUGCCGUGAGGAGCCGCGCCGGGACGGCCCCAGGACCCCAAGCUGCCGGGAGGAUGACCAUGGCCGGGGGCAGGAGAGGACUGGUGGCCCCGCAGAACACGUUUCUGGAGAAUAUUGUCCGGCGGUCCAGUGAUACUAAUUUUGUGUUGGGGAAUGCCCAGAUAGUGGACUGGCCUAUCGUGUACAGCAAUGACGGAUUUUGCAAGCUGUCUGGCUAUCACAGGGCGGAAGUGAUGCAAAAAAGCAGUACCUGCAGUUUUAUGUAUGGGGAGCUGACCGAUAAAGACACAAUUGAAAAGGUGCGGCAAACAUUUGAGAACUAUGAGAUGAAUUCCUUUGAAAUUUUGAUGUACAAGAAGAACAGGACACCUGUGUGGUUCUUUGUGAAAAUUGCUCCAAUUCGAAAUGAACAGGAUAAAGUGGUUUUAUUUCUUUGCACUUUCAGUGAUAUAACAGCUUUCAAACAGCCGAUUGAGGAUGAUUCAUGUAAAGGCUGGGGGAAGUUUGCUCGGCUGACCAGAGCUCUGACGAGCAGCAGGGGCGUCCUGCAGCAGCUGGCUCCCAGUGUGCAAAAAGGCGAGAAUGUCCACAAGCACUCCCGGCUGGCCGAGGUUCUGCAGCUGGGCUCAGACAUCCUUCCCCAGUACAAGCAAGAGGCCCCGAAGACUCCGCCUCACAUCAUCUUACAUUACUGUGUUUUUAAGACCACGUGGGAUUGGAUCAUCUUGAUUUUAACCUUCUACACAGCCAUCCUGGUCCCUUACAACGUCUCCUUUAAAACCAGGCAGAACAAUGUGGCCUGGCUGGUUGUGGAUAGCAUCGUGGAUGUCAUCUUUUUGGUGGACAUUGUGCUGAAUUUUCAUACUACCUUUGUUGGACCAGCUGGGGAGGUGAUCUCUGACCCCAAACUCAUCCGCAUGAACUACCUGAAGACGUGGUUUGUGAUUGACCUUCUGUCCUGUUUGCCAUAUGAUGUCAUCAACGCUUUUGAGAACGUGGAUGAGGGCAUCAGCAGCUUGUUUAGCUCACUGAAGGUCGUUCGGCUGCUUCGUCUGGGGCGAGUGGCCCGUAAGCUGGAUCACUACAUUGAAUACGGAGCUGCCGUGCUGGUCUUGCUGGUGUGUGUGUUUGGGCUGGCUGCUCACUGGAUGGCCUGCAUUUGGUACAGCAUUGGGGACUACGAGAUCUUUGAUGAAGACACCAAGACCAUCCGCAACAACAGCUGGCUCUACCAACUGGCGAUGGACAUUGGCACCCCUUACCAGUUUAACGGGUCCGGCUCAGGGAAGUGGGAAGGUGGCCCCAGCAAGAAUUCCGUCUACAUCUCCUCGUUGUAUUUCACUAUGACCAGCCUUACCAGCGUGGGCUUUGGCAACAUUGCCCCAUCCACAGACAUUGAGAAAAUCUUUGCGGUGGCCAUCAUGAUGAUUGGCUCGCUUCUGUAUGCCACCAUCUUCGGGAAUGUGACGACCAUUUUCCAGCAGAUGUAUGCCAACACCAACCGGUACCAUGAGAUGCUCAACAGCGUUCGGGACUUCCUGAAACUCUACCAGGUGCCAAAGGGCUUGAGUGAGCGAGUCAUGGAUUAUAUCGUGUCCACCUGGUCCAUGUCCAGAGGCAUCGACACUGAGAAGGUUCUGCAGAUCUGCCCCAAGGACAUGAGAGCUGACAUCUGUGUGCACCUGAACCGCAAGGUGUUCAAGGAACACCCAGCUUUCCGGCUGGCCAGCGACGGCUGCCUGCGGGCCCUGGCCAUGGAGUUUCAGACAGUGCACUGUGCCCCGGGGGACCUCAUCUACCAUGCAGGAGAGAGUGUCGACAGCCUGUGCUUUGUGGUCUCCGGCUCCCUGGAGGUGAUCCAGGAUGAUGAGGUGGUGGCUAUCCUAGGGAAAGGAGACGUGUUUGGAGAUGUGUUCUGGAAGGAAGCCACCCUGGCCCAGUCCUGUGCCAAUGUCAGGGCCCUGACCUACUGCGACCUGCAUGUGAUCAAACGGGAUGCCCUGCAGAAAGUGCUGGAAUUCUACACGGCCUUUUCCCACUCCUUCUCCAGGAACCUCAUUCUCACCUACAACUUGAGGAAGAGGAUCGUGUUCCGGAAGAUCAGCGACGUGAAACGGGAGGAGGAAGAGCGCCUGAAACGCAAGAAUGAGGCCCCCCUGAUCCUGCCCCCGGACCACCCUGUCCGGCGACUCUUCCAGAGGUUCCGGCAGCAGAAGGAGGCCCGGCUGGCCGCGGAGCGGGGCGGCCGCGACCCCGACGACCUGGACGUGGAGAAGGGCAGCGCCCUCCCCGAGCACGCCUCGGCCAACCACAGCCUGGCGAAGGCCAGCGUGGUGACCGUGCGCGAGAGCCCCGCCACGCCCGUGGCCUUCCAGGCGGCCUCCGCGGCGGUGGCGGACCACGGCCGGCUGCACGCGCCCGGGGCCGAGUGCCUGGGCGCCAGGGCGGGCGGCGACUGCGCCCGGCGCAAGGGCUGGGCCCGCUUCAGGGAUGCCUGCGGCAGGGCCGAGGACUGGAGCCAGGUGGCCAAGGCCGAGUCCAUGGAGACGCUGCCCGACAGGACCAAGGCGUCCGGAGAGGCCACCCUCAAGAAGACGGACUCGUGUGACAGCGGCAUCACCAAGAGCGACCUGCGGCUGGACAACGUGGGCGAGGCCAGGAGCCCCCAGGAGCGGAGCCCCAUCUUGGCGGAGGUCAAGCACUCGUUCUACCCCAUCCCCGAGCAGACGCUGCAGGCCACCGUCCUGGAGGUGAAGCACGAGCUGAAGGAGGACAUCAAGGCCUUGAACACCAAAAUGACGACUAUUGAGAAACAGCUCUCUGAGAUACUCAGGAUAUUAACUUCCAGAAGAUCCUCUCAGUCUCCUCAGGAGCUGUUUGAGAUAUCGAGGCCCCAGUCCCCAGAAUCAGAGAGAGACAUUUUUGGAGCAAGCUGAGUGGUCUGUUUAAAAAAAAGAAAAGAAAAAAAGUCAAAGAUAAAACCCCACCUCCCUGCCCUCGACAACCCCCCCCCCAACCCACACACACACACACCUACAUGACCAACAACUUCCAAAGUGGGCUUUUCCUUUCGGGAAAUCUGAGCGGGACCAGUCACUUAGGCACGCGCACGCUCUCUCGCUCUCUCGCUCGCUCGCUCACUCGCUCUCGCUCAGUCGGGGAGCAGACGUGGGAAGAGGCGCGUGCUACCACCCUGCAAGACCGCAGCGGCUCUCGAACUGUCGGCACAAUUUUGGAAGAGGGGGCAUGCUGUCUAAAGGGUCUUUUCCUUUAUUUUUAAUGUUUUAACUGCCACGAUCUUUGUAAAAGAUGACAACCACUAGAAAAGAGGAGCAGCUAUUUGGGGGUUGGUGGGAGCGCCCCGGAGAACCUCCCAUGUAGACACCAGGCUGGGCUCCUGCGCCAGGAACCCCGAAGACUGCGGCGGGCACGGGGAUUUCCCAGCAUUCCCUGUCCUUGUACAGCCCAUGUCUGUCGUCACCUUAUCUUUUCCUACAGUAGUCAUGUGUAACAAGCCCGGGACAAGGGGAGCUUGAGGGACAGGGAGGGCAGAGCCUUGCAACUUUCGGUCUCUAAUGGUUAAGGCCAGAAAGCAGUGAGGUGCUCUGGGUGCCUCCCAUUGACACCAAGAGCCAGGAAUCCUCGGGUCUCCUUUCCCAAGUAGAAGAGCUGGAGAGGGGCCUUCAGGAAGCAGAGACUCUCUGGGCUGUGAUUGGCAGCCUACUGUCGUGGGAGCGACCACGGGGAGGGUUCCAGAGGCCUCAGGUGUACCUCUGGCCCUGCUCCGUGCCACUGUCCUCAUCAUCUGGGACCUUUGCUUCUUUUCUUUCUCAGCUCCCCCGCCCCAGUGUCCCGUGGCCUUCCGCAGGGUGUGCGGCAUCGGCAGGAAGGGCGAUGAGCCCAGAGCUGCUUUAUUAGCAAAGCAGACACACACAUACAACCUCAGAAAAAUGAUUGUAGCAAGUCCUAUGUUUAUAUUAUGAUUCUCACUGGGAUUGAUGGCCCUUCAGGAAUUUGUAUUUUGUCCACUGCGUUGGGAUCACUAGAGGACCCUUGGGAUCCGUGCUCGGCCUUAUUUUAAAACUAACUUUUUUUUCUCCUGCUACUCAGUAGGACUUCAGGAGAAACGACGAAGACUGCAGGGCCACGGUUGUACUUGCUUCAGGAGCAGCAGAAAGAGAAUGAGGCGGCAGGUUGUCCAGCUGGCUCUGUAGGGUGACGGAGAGAGGCAGCUCAGGGAAGGUCUGAGCUCAGAGCGAUGGUCACAGAGCCACCUGCGGGCCAUCCAGGUCCCUAUGCCAUGAGGCUUGGGGACACUCCACUGCCUCCUAGGCAUGUGGGGCCAAAUUAUUCAUGUGUUUGGGCUUCCAAGGGCAUCUGAGAAAGGAAAGAGGUCUCUCCCAGGCCCAGUGGAACUAGCUCAGGUGUACACCUUGCAGAGAGGGUCAGGACCCUAAAACUUGACAAGCAAGAUUGGAAGUUCAGCUCUAAGAACUAGCUUGGAGAGAGAAUUAGGAGUGCGGGGGAUCUGGACUCUGGGUGACAGCAGGGACCCAUCCAGGGCGCUGGCUUUCUGCAUCACCUCACCCUAGCACCUGGCAUAGCUUUGCCGCACAGAUCCUGAGCCAGUGUUAAUCCCCUCAGUACUGAAGGGGACCUGCCAGGGUGGGACCUGCCCUACCAAAGAUACUCCGUGGUUCUGAAGGUCUCCUGUCGGGGCCCACCUACCCACCUGCCCCUCUGGUCCUGCUCAGUGGCCAUGACAGGUCCCAGGACUUGGCCUUCAGUUGUCUGUGCAGAAUGGGGCUGUCCUCCCCUGGCUCCCAGGACUGGCACAGAUGGCCCUGGGGAACAGAGGUCCAGAAGGUCGAGAGAAGGUUCCUUCCCCAGGGGUCCUGUGCACUUACGCAGCUUCUCAUGGGAGGCUUACCGGGGUGGCUCUUGGCUUCCCAAGGCUGCAGUGUUAUUCGAUUUAGCCUCAGAUGGCAGCAUACAGAGGGGGAAGUCUAUAAUUUCGAAAGGCUGAGUCCUGACUGUGACUCUGGAUAAAGCAUUGAGACUUUCGGUCUCCUUGAGAAGCUGCCCACUAGUCCAGAGGCUAUAAAAGAUCUGGAAUCCCAUCUGCCCCAGAAUGUUCUAGUUUGGCAUUCCUUCAAUGUGCUCAUUAGCCCGCUUCUGAAGUUUAGUCCCUACUACUUUCAAGUCAGGGGUCAGGGCAAGGGCCCUAAUAACUCCAUCAUCCAGCUUCAGAAGCACCUGCCGGUUUCUCUGUGGGCUUGAUGACGGGCUCCUGUCCAGCGCCCUGCAGGCCAACCUAGAGGGGCCCUUCCCUUCCUCACUGGCUCUGCCAGAGGGCGCAGGUGUUUACUAAGAAAUGACUCCCCAUUGGGGCCUAAGGGACUAAGACACCGAUGUGCCAGGCUUGAAAGUCCACACUUGUUUUGGGGGAAAAAUAAAGCUUCAUGAAUGUACUCGUGGACCGACUCCUAGGAUUUGGAUGGGGCUCAUGACUGGAAGCCUGGAUCCUGCGGGGGGAAUGUGCUCCUCUCGGGGUCGCAGGGCCCCCACGUGAGCCUGUGGUGACAGAUCACCACAGUGCAGCUGUGCAUGCUUUCAGCCCUUCCCACUUAAGGAUUAUAGGGACUUUCGCUUUGUUUCCUCUGAAAAAAAAUUUUUUUUUAAAUGAGCCAAACCUUCUCUCUUUUCACCUUUAUGACAUGCACUUGGCCGUGGGCUGCUUUGUGCUAACUACCUACUUUCGCCUGGACGCUGCUCUGGCUUCCCGAGCAGGGCACAAGCUUCAGAUACUGACUGAACCUUCCACUGUCCAGUGGCUGAAGAGAGGUUAGGGAAACACAGAGUCACCAGGUGUUGGACCGAACAUUUAGACUUUAGAAGUUGUGCUGAGAGAGAUUUACCUGAGUUCUUUGUUCCUUUCCGAGGGAAGGGGACAUAAUGUAUUACACCGUCGCCCAGUACUUGCUGGUUACCUGAUCUGGUACUUAAAUUCCUUACCUUGAAUGUUACCCGUAGGGAGGCUCCGCUUCCCAGAGAGUGUCCCUGCUUUGGAGCUGAAGGUCCUGCCCCAGCACUGGGCUGCUUGUUGACCACGCUCUCCUCAUCCCCACUGAUGGAGGUGUGGGGGGGAGGGUUGAGUCUGUGAAAGUAGGCGGCCAACGAGAUGGUGCGCUCGUUCUCGGUGGAGGACGCGGACUCCAGCAUUGAGUGCUGCGGGCCCAUAUACCUGCAAGGACGCCUCCACCAAGUAUGACACGGUUCCCCCAGAAGGAAAGGGAGGCAGCCCUCUGGUUGAGAAGCCCUGGUUUCGUGCACAACUUUGAUAUCUGCACCUUCAUCCACCCCAUUCUCUCAUGCUCAGACCUGGCUUGUUUCUAAGACCAUUUUUUAUACUCUCAACCUCAGACUACAUCAGUGUGCAGAAUGGUAGCCAGUACCAGGCAACCAGUGGCUUAGAACAUCUUUGAUGCUACAACAGCAUAUGGGCCCGAGUGUUUCGAAGCAGUUCCCGCUCCUUGUUAUCCAGUUCCCGGGCCUGUUUUACCCUCAGCUUUCUAGAUCCUGUGUGCUAUUGCUGGCCUGGCCAAACAUCAGGCCCUUUUCUGGAACCUUCUUUCAGAAGCGGAGCCAGCGUGGCUCAGAGUAAAAAAUGCACUGCGCCACGCACCCCAUCCCGCAAGCUUCCCCUCCUGAAUCCUUGGGGGAGGGUGAAGGUAAGGAGCCAACCGUUAGAAUUUUUGUCCAAGCCUUUGUGGGGACUAAAAGAAUGCCUUAGGGGUCCCAGGUGUAGGGAGAGCCUCCUGUCUCCUCGUUGCAUUGACCACCAUACGGCACGGGCACUCUCGGGAAAAUUUUAGGAGCCCUGGUGGAGAUACAAGUUGCUGAUGUGCAUUUGAUGACUAGAUUGUACAAUGUUUUGCAAUAAAGAUGUUUAGCCUUAAGACCCUUGAAUGGAACUCCAGCUGGGAUGGAGCUGCCAACACUCCCCCUCCUCCCUCCUCACGUCGUGUUGCUUAAAGAGGAGCCCACCGAGGGCACACUCAGACCCCAGGGUAGCCUCUCCUCUGUCACUAAAUUGUACUGCCUUCUCGCUCGCUUCAAUACCAAUACUUUCACCAGCUCUUGUGCCCUCCAGCUGGAGGGGAUUUCACUGUCCCCUCAACACCAACCACAGCCAUCAGAAAGCACCAUUUUCUCACACAAGGUAUUCAUGUUGAGAAGGUUUGAUUCCCACUCCCCCCCCCACCACACACAGUUCAAAAGAAUCAAUGUGAAUUUGCAGCUUAAAUUAGUUUCAAAUGAAACUUCUUUCACACGCGAGCAAAUGAGACUUAUUCUGGAACCUCCAGAACUGGACUCGAGUGCCCUGCGGGUGCCAGACCUGGUGGGUGCCCUCCCCGCCCCGCCAUUAAACUUUUCUUAGACCCAUUGUCUCUUUAUCUGUGACUUCGGAGUCGGUCAACGGAGCUACCGGUUGUUCAAUGAGAAGUUCACGGAUCUUGUAUCAGGAUAUGAACAAUGAGAAAGAUCUUCAUGAAGAUGCACCCUCCCCCCGCCCCAAUGAAUGUAUUCUCUUAAUAUUCAGACGUUGUAUUUGUGCAUCAGUUGGAGACAGCCCGCAUCGGACAUUUCACCAGUGCCGUAAGGACACUUCUACUCCUGAGCAGUUCGUCAAUCUGGGGCUUCUCCUUAUAUUGACACUCUUUCCAUCGAGUCCCGCCAAAUCCUUCACUGGGUUUUUCUUUUUCCUUCGCAUCUGCCACUUUGUCCAAAUGAGCAUGAAUAGACAGAAGUGCAGAUGAGCUGAUACUAUGUUUAUGGUCAGCUAAGGAUGCUUCCAGAAACUCCAGGGUGUGUGUGCAGCUUGGGAACAAUAAGGAAUAUGCGGGCCCCUCCAUUGAUGAUAUACCCUUCUCAACAUUUUUAAACAAGCACAAAUGAUAUUUGUAAAAAAAAAAAAAAAAAGUUUAAUUUUAUUUAUUAUGGUAAUAA